CAACCCGUACCGCACGGUACUGGUACGUACCGUAAUUACGUCCUGUUCUUAUUUUUUGGAUACAACAGUUUUCACGAAACGGCAUCUCCACACAUUCUUCACUGAAUUCGAAGGAAACAGAACAUAGAGGAGCAAUGGCAUCGCUCAGGAUGUCGACGAUAUUAUUUUCUUUUUGUAUGCUUUGCAUUAGCAACCAUGCACUCGUAGCGGCCCAGUUAGAGCUGUCUAUCGAUUCCAACGAUAGAGAUUACGAUUGCGAUGUGGGUCCCGAUGCGUUGACCAAUGCCCAUGGGAAAGAUAUUCCACGGACUUGCAUCGAUGUUCCGGUCGGUGAAGGAUCGACUGCCACGACCGUGGAGCGAUGCUACUACACAUACGUUCCGGAAUCGUGCAUGGGUGAUGAAAASGGGGAAAAUCCACUGGAUCUUCCUGUUGUCUUUGAUAUCCACGGACUCACCAGCUGUGCGCUUUAUUCGUCCCUGUACACGGGCUGGAAGGAGAAGGCAGAGGAGGAGUGUUUCGUAGUGGUGUGGCCCAGUGGCAACGUUAACGACGAUCUGUUGAUCAACGGCUGCUGGAAUCUUCCGGCGUUCUUGCGAGACGAAGGWUACGGCASGGAAGGCGGAAACAACGUGACGACGGCCCCCUGUUGUUGCUUCAAGAGCGACGAUGAAAUGGGGUUACCAUCGAAGGAACCCAACGAUCCCUUGUUCCUGAGGAUGGCUAUUGAUUCCGUUGCCGAAUCCUUCGAUAUGGAGAACAGCAGCAACUACUACGRCAGCAUUUCAAUCGAUCGAUCGCGUGUGUAUAUGGCUGGUCAUUCCAAUGGUUGCAUGACGAGUCUUUCCAUGGCGGCCCUCCAUUCCGACGUCGUUGCAGCGGUGUGCUGCCACGCGGGAACGCUUCUGACACCCUUCCCGGAGCAGUACACCCCGGUGCCCAUUUGGAUGGYCCACGGGUUGAAGGACGACGUCGUGAGAGCUGAYGGCGYUGUCGCUUUCGAUCUUGGGCCGUUGUUYGGCAAGCUGGGGUCCUGGUCGACGAACGACGUCCUGGACUACAUUGGGGGCCGCAACGACUGCGGGGAGGCGGAGACGGCCGACAUCGGCGAGAGCGGUGCGACCUAYAGGCGGACCAAUUGCACGAACAGUGCAGACGUCGAGCUCGUCAUGCUGUACGAAUCGGGCCAUUGGCCGUACGCCCCUCUCCCAAACAGCAUAUUCUCGUCUUCCGUGGACGCUCCGGUCGACACUACKGMAAUGGCAUGGGAAUUCUGUAGCUCCUACAGCAACCCCCAGCAGCAAGGGUAUCCGUCCGGAGACGACUCGCUUGAGAACGAGAACGAGAUCGAUGACGAGAUCGAUGAUGAUGCGGGGGAGCCGGUSGAGAACGAGAAGGAGCACAAGAAACCAGAAAGCGAUGCCGUUCCCGUGGACAACGAAGACGCCAACAACGCCAAGGCCGUGGAGGACAACGAAGAAGCGAUGGAUCCUCUAUUGAGUUCUUCCGCACCGCGAUGGCGUUCGAUGCACGAGCACGGAACAAUUUUGUCGGCCACUGUAAUGACAUUGGUUCUUGUUCUUGGUUGUUUGGUUUAGUAGUACUGGCACUGGCAUCCCAUUGUAUUGAUCUUUGACAACAAUAAUAACAUUGGAUUUCGUGCAAUUGUGUCAUCAAAAUUUUGUGCAUUCAUUAUCCAUUGGUUUGUGUUUAGCUACUGCUGUGAAAGAAACGAAAAUAAGAAUUACACAUUAUG